GAUUUUGUAAUCUCUGGCGACUCUACCUUUUCCUCAUUUGCAACUGUGAAAUUGUUGGAAAAAAGUCAUACAGCCGAAAAGUCAGGUAAAAUUUCAUUACGUCACUCGCAAUUCAGUGAUCACAGAAAAAUUUACGCUCAAUACAGUGGCGACGAGAUGUUUGUAAUCACAGAUUUCUAUUCUUAAUUUAUGUUCUAAUUAUUAUCUUAUUUUAAUGUAUUGAAAAUCAUCACACAUUGGCUAAGGAUAAAUUCUGAAAUAAGUUUUCUUUAUUUCCAAUACAACAUUUGGUCUACUAUCAAAGUCUAACGUGAUUUGAGCACAAUUGCAAUGAGUGUAUCAUAUGUACUCCAGAGAGAUGGAGUGGUGGUGAGGAGUGAGAGAGAGGAGAAAAAGAUUGUGCCCAACAGACCGCAAUUCCCCACCUUUCUGUGUAUCUGAGCCGUACAGAGGAGUACAUUGUAUGACUUUUUGUGUUUAAUUCAUUUUAGUGUAAAUUCUCUGUCCAUUGUGCUCGGAAAAUGUGUGUAAAAAGGUGUCUCAAAGUGGGAGACGCAAUUAGAGGCUCUAGUGUUAUUCUGGAUUUUGACAAAGUUGAACAUAUUUCAACUUUUUCCACUACUCAAGUCACAAAGUUUUCUUUCCUCUCCCAGUGAGAUCUGCCGCAAGAUAGAUUUGUAGAAUUCAAAGUGGCGUGAUAAUUCCAGUGAUAAAAAAAUGUGCAAUAGUCAUUCUAAAUUGAAAUUUAUGUGCGUUUGUGAUGAGUUUUUGGCGCGAAAACGCCCUUCGUGUGUGAAGAAGUUGUGAAAAACAAUUUUUUUUCUCCACUCUGGCAGUUUUAUACCUCUUUUUGGGUGAAAAAUAAACACAAGUAUUUUGCAAGCAAGAGUGAAAGUCGGCCGAAAAUGCAUAAAUUUAUGGUGGUGAAGAAGUCAUCGCGCGAAUUGGAGCAGGACGCCUCAACGUCCUCCCACAGGAGAAACCCCGCGGAGAAGCUCAAGUCAUCUGACGAAAUGCCUGUGAUCAAAAUGUGUGGAUACUUGAAGAAGAAGAGAAAUCGCGUGGGCGGUUGGCAAAAACUGUGGUUCAUUCUUCAAAAUCAACUACUCCUCUCCUAUAAAUCACGAGAGGACUAUGAGAAGAAACUGGCACCCUUCAGAGAUGUUCUCAAUCUCGUUCCCGGCACUGUGAUUCGUCCUGCAUCUCGAAUUCGCUUCACCAUAGAAUCAACGUCAAAUAUCAUUUACACGUUUCGCUGCAACGACACCAAAGAAUGCUCUCAGUGGAUCAGCUCAAUUGUCGAUAGUCUCAAUCAGCAGCACGGCUCAAAUGCCAGAGGCUUUGCAUUACUUUCUACCCCGAUGGAAAAAUGCGCAAGACUCCCAAAGUUGCCAAUAAUUAAAAAUACUGCGCGUAUUCUCAAGUAUCGUGAUUUUGACGAUGAGACCUAUUCUGACGAGGAGGAAGAUGAAGAAACUGAAAUCACAGAAUACGUGAAUGCCGUUAUUCAGGAUUCUGGACUGUGCGAGGGAAGCAACCCGAGCCGGGGAAAUGCAGUGAAUCAGUAUCUCGAAUACCACCGCAGUGGAAAGAUGUUUUCAUGCACCAUGAGUGCAUCUGCUUGCAGUGUUUCCCUCCUUCGGAACUACAUGCACACCGAGGAGAGAAUUGACGAAGACAUUCUCGAGGGCGACGAGGCGGCAGCUGAAAGUAAACAGGAAGAUUUUGAUAGCGACACCGAAGAGCAAACUCUCUGCAUUUCUCUGGACGACAAAAUUUCCCUGACAUGUGACGAUGAAAGUGAUACUUUACACGAGGAGAAACCAUUAAAAAUUGACGAGCCAAUUUAUGCUGCUGUCGACCUCAAAGAUAAGUACGCGCGAAGGGCCAAGCUGAAAGAGGAACAGGAAAGGGUGGUGAAAAGUGUUUCUAGUGAUUAUGAAGAGAUCGUUAACUUGCCCACACUGCCGGAAAAUCGAGAGAAAACCUCCGAGUCUGACGAGGAGGAUAACAUCUACGAGCCUAUUGAAAUCGCCAGUGAUUUGUCCAGCGACAGUCGAGACGGACGCAAUGGGAUGUGGAAGUACUUCUCCAGUCGCAUCAACAUGGACAACUUCACAGACUUCGCGCGAAGGCACCGCCGAAGGGACGAGAGCACAUCUGAGCCGACCACACCCUUUGUAUCAUCCCUGGCGGAGAUUCGGAAGAAGUGGGGCUCCCAUCGGAACUCCAUCAAGAGCCGCAUGAAGCGCAUCUAUAGCCGGCGAAUGACAAAGUCAAUGCCCGAAGUGGGUGGAAAAUCGCCAAAUGAAGAGAGGAAGCUGUUCAGAAGCCUGUCGAGGUUCAAAUUUCCACGGGCGUCGUCUCUUCUCGAAGAUCUGGCGUCCAGGAAGCGACUCGUCGAGGAGCCUCCGCCGAAAGACACUGUAAAGGAAGAGGAUGCCAGUGAAUUGGAUAAAUUUCCUGGCGGAAAAGUCGUGUGCCAUAGCACAUUUUACUACUAA